UAAAACAUUAAAUGACAUUUUUUCCUAUAGGGAAACAUUUUUUUUAACUUUCUACCAGAAGAACUUGAAUAGUUGAUAAGUGUCGCAAUAUUAAUUACAGGUAAACAUUAAUUACAGGUAAAUAUUAAUUGCAGAUGACAAGGAAACAAAGGUAACACUAUUGAUUGGAAACAAUUCUAUAAAAAUUAAUAAUUGAUGUUGAAUUGUCAAUCCUUAACACAUGAAACAUUUCAGAGUGUUGUGUUUUACAUAGUUUCUAUCGGACGUCUUAUUGUUACAAUUCAGAGAUACAUUGGAACUUUUUAUUCAUUUUAUCACCGGAUGAUUGUUGAAAUGGCAAAGAUGAAACCAACCAUAGAAAUACGGUAUUGAUGACAUUAUAACUGUUUGUCAGACAACCGAAGUUAGUCAUUCUAAAAUUGAAGUCUGGAAAACAGAAAUUGGAUAUUUGUUACAGUUUUAAAGGAAUUUAUUCUUUAAAUUUUGAAAAGAAGGGUAGUUCAUAAAAACAAACUCUGACUUGACUGAAAAAAAUGGGAGGCUGCGGUUCUAAGAACGCAGCUGGUAAAAAUAAGAGUUUUUUAAUUGAAACUAUGGCAGGUCACGAAAAAGGGAUAAACUGUAUGGCGUUGAGUGAAGACGGGUCUGUUUUAGCCACUGGUAGUGAGGACAAAACUGCUCGACUUUGGAGUACAAAAACUCAUAACUGUGAGUGUAUUGGUAUACUACGUGGACAUGAAGAAUACAUCAACUGCAUUCUCAUUGAGGAUUGUUAUGUUUUGACCGGCAGUGCAGAUAAAACAAUCCGGAAGUGGGACGUUAGCACGUGCGAGUGUGUUUUAAUCUGUCGAGGACAUACUUCGAUAAUUUACCGUAUGAUUUGCACAGGAGAUUUUAUUUUUACAAGUUCAUAUGAUUGUACGGCACGAUGCUGGGAUUUCGAAAACGGAGAAUGUUUAAGAGUUUUUCGCGGUCACAAAAAGUUCGUCUGCCCGCUAAUUUUCAUCCCCGCAGAUGACGAUGACGCUGAUGGUACAUUGGACAUGGAAGGAGCAAAUGACCUUCUGAUUACGGGUUCAGCAGAUGCAACUGCAAGAAAAUGGAAUUUUGAGACCGGCAAAUGUUUGACGGUCUUCAAAGGUCAUGACCACAGAGAAGGCGCCAUAAUGUGCAUGGCAACAGACAAUCUAGGCAGAGUGUUAUUUACUGGUAGUGCCGACAAAACGGUUCGAAGCUGGAACUUAGCUAGGGGAGAACAGCUGAAAGUAUUCGAAGGCCACACUGGAUCCGUCAUUUGUAUGCAGGUCAUAAAUAAAAUAAUGUACACCGGAAGUGCAGACCAUACGGCACGUGCAUGGGUAACAGAGUUUGGAGAUUGUACGAGAGUUUAUAAAGGUCAUAAACAUUCGGUGGCAGUAGUCAAGUUUCGAGACGGAUUGUUAUACACUGCAUGCGGCGAUGGCAUAGCAAGAACUUUUGAUGCUAAAUCGGGAGCUCUUAAAAGAGAGUUCAAAGGGCACGAGAAGGCGAUAUAUGCUAUUCAGAUAGUAGAUGGUAAGCUGUUUACUGGAUCCUUUGACGGGACGAUGAAAGUUUGGGAUACAACCGGAAUUAUCGAUGAUACCACGUUCGGAAAGGACGAUAAGGAGAAGGAGAAACAAAAACAACAACAGUUAGAUAAAAACCAGAAUGGCAUUGAAAAUGGCAAGAUAAUGAUUGAUUAGCUACGAUGGUUAUCUCCGAAACAGUGACUCUUGACUUCGUCAUACGAAGUCAGUAUAAACUGUUUCGAAAUAAUUCUGCUGACGGUGUUAAGUUACUGUUCUACAAUGUAUUGUUUUGUAUGAUAUGGACAUAUAGACUUAUUAUGUUGCCACCUGGGUUAAAGUACUUUUUGACAUCAUAUUUUGUUCUAUUGCCACUGAAAUGUAUAUUUAUAAGUUUGUAUAAAUUGUAAUUGUUUAACAAUUCUGUAUCUUUCUUCAUCAAUUCUAGGAUAUUCUGGCAGAUUUCAAAAUCACAAUACCACAUGUGAAAAAAAGAGACUAGUCAUAGUCUUAUAAACAUUAACACAUUUCUGGUUCCUAUUCUGAACAGCUGAUUUAUUUAUCAUCAGAACUAUAAAUUGUUUGUUUUAAAUCAAAUUGUGAAAUAAAAUUUAAGGUUAAGUAGCUGAUUUUUAAACACCUUUUUUUCAAAUAUUUCGUACAAAUUGAAAAAUCAUCAUCUUAUCAUCGUUGAAACUUAUAUCCACAUAGAAAGAGAAAAUAAAGAAAAUAUAUCAUGCAGCACGUAGUUCUAUAAGAUAGAUGUACACUGUACGAUUUUACCUGUGACCUUUAAUUAUUCAACUUAUACUUUAAAAUCGAAUCAGAAUAUCAAUAAAUUAUUGUAUUUGUCAAAGAGAAUUUUUAGUGACACAAGAAUACGAAAAGAAUACGAAUGAGGUCGGACCAAUAAAUAUUUUGGAUGAUAGUUCAUAGAUCUUCUUCCUACAAAUAAUAAUGCAUUUUUAGACAUGAAAAUAUAAAUUUCACAAGGACAUGGACAACAUCUAGUGCGAUUGUAUCAAUACAAUCAUUUUGUAACGAAAAUAUGAUUGUAUUUAUGUUGAUAAUGCCACAAAUAAUGAUAAUGAGUAAUGAUAAUAUCCGAAAGCAUUGUCGUGAUCGCGGAACUAUCUUUGGGAUAUCAUAGUCUAAUGAUAACUGUAAUCGGAGUCUGAUGUGAUAAUUUCAUUAAAAUCCUAGUCUGAUGUGAUAUUUUCACUAAAACCCUAGUCUGAUGUGAUGUUUUCACUACUGCUGAUGUAUCAAAUUGCCCGUCCAUUUUUUAUACUUUGUGUAGUAUAUAUGAAAUGUUAUUUUUGUAUUUGUAGAACUAUUUGUUGUGUAACAUUAUCAUGGAUAUACUCAUGUACAUAUUGUACUUGUAACUUAUUGCUGUAAUUUACUCAACGAACAGAAAAAAAAUAUUCUUAAAACAAAAUCCAUCCUCUGAGGCUCGGUUGUUGCGUUUUGAGCCGCAUGUGCUAAGGUUCCUCGUGUAGAUCGAUAUGCCAUUUUUGUGCUGCACAUGUUAAGGAUCCUUCUGUAGAACGAUUUGCUAUGAGCAAUACCUCAAUAUUGCUUCAAAAUCAUUAAAAUAGGGGAAAAGUGAUGCAUUGUCAGCAUAUGUUACCAUAAUGUCCUUAUCAUAUAAUUACAACUCAUUUGCAAACAACAAUUAUUCUGUUUCGACUACAUUGUCACAAUUUGUAACAACAUUGUCCUAAUAUGCAACAACAUUGUCUUACUUUGUACCAUCAUUGUCACAAUAUUUAACAACAUUGUCCUUAUAUGUAACAACGUUGUCCUAAUAUGUAACAACAUUGUCCUUAUAUGUAACAACAUUGUCCUUAUAUGUAACAACGUUGUCCUAAUAUGUAACAACAUUGUCCUUAUAUGUAACAACAUUGUCCUAAUAUGUAACAACAUUGUCCUUAUAUAUACAUAUCGUCAUUAUUAACAGUAUAGAAUACGUAGAUGUGGUAAUGCUUCUACUGGGACUGUGCUAUCAGAUUUCUAACUAUAUCGUCCCCAGUUAUUACGUCAAAUUAUUAAUUUUUUGGUACAUUUCUUCUUUUGUAAAUAUUUUUUCAUUAUAUUUAACUACAUUAUCAUCAUCUCAACAACAUCGUCACCAUAUCAACUAUACUGUCAACAUACUAAGUUGGACACUAUAUGAAAGAAGAGUGUCGUCCUUUUGAAUACAUUUGUACGCCGUACCAAACACCUUAAUCUAUUUCAAUGUGUCAUUUAGAGUUAUUACACUGAUUUGUUUUCAUCGUCGAAUAGGUCGACAUCGACAUCUUUCUAAAAUGUGUAUAGAAAUAUCAAACUAUAUGUGUAGUUACUAUGACAAUUGAUACCUAAUCAUAACUGAAUCUAGUUGAAUAGAUAUAAGAUGUGACAUGAGUGCCAAUGAGAAAACUCCCUGUCCAAGUCACAAUUUGUAAAAGGAAAGACAUUAUAGGUCAAUGUAUAGCCUUUAACACGGCUUUUUGGCUCACAUCGAGCAGCAAGCUACAAAGAGACCCCAAAAUCACUAAGUGUAAAACCAUUCAUAUGAAUAAGACAAAUAUCAAUACAAGAAACUUAACAAUUUAAAGUUAAUUAUUUAUUAAGAAAAAAUUGAAAGAGGAGCCGCGAUAACAAUUUGAUUAGGUAAAGUUUUGAUUUAUUUUUCAAAUAUUUGUACAAUUGUUGAAGUAUUUGUCCAAAAACCAAAAAAAACAGCGUAGACCAUUGUGCGCGGCUACCGUUCACUUUAACACGGCCGCACUUUUGGGGAAUUAUUUUUGAAAACCCACAACUGUGUGUUGGGUUCCACCUGAACAUGUAUAAACAUUUGAAGAAAAGUGUGUGUCAAUUUCAAUGGAUUGAUGCACUGUAUUAAUUUGUUUUGUUCUAAGAUUGUGCGUGAAUUUCUUCUUACGUUGAAAUAUUUGAUAGCAAGGGGUCGACCAUUUAAUUUUCUAGGUGGGCGGAGUUUUUAAAAAAAUGAAUAACUUGGUCUCGUAAGAAAAAAAAAUGAAUAAUUUGAAGAAGACAGAAUGAAAAUGAAUUUUCUGCAACACAAAAUGCAGGAAACAAAUUCGAACAAAAUUGAAAAUGUAUGUUCGCAGAAAUAAAACUAUUCAAGCAUAGGAAAAGAUGAACAUGAAUGAUCAAUCAAGAAACAAUUCUCCAGGUCCCCUCCAUGAAUAUCAAAUGGUCGCUCUCCACUUCGGUUAAGAGUUGUAAACUUACUGAUGUCUUUCUUGUUGUUAAACAUAUCUAUUUUGACUAUUAAAUGUUUUGUUUCA